UUGGGGCUUCCAAGGCUGAGCCCGGUGAUCUGGUGGAGUGGUCUCCCCUGUAGUAUGGACAUCCCGAGCGCACCUUCCAAACUUAGCCUGUUUCUCACCUGUGAUCCCACUUCUGGGUGUUUGCAUGUCACUUCCUUAGUUUGGGUUGGCGUAGACGUGUGAAGGGACACUUUUACCACAUUCAGAGUGUAUUUUAAUGAUCUUAUAGGUGUAAUUUUAAAUAACAGCGGGAAAUGUGAACAGAAAGGACCAAAAGUGGUUUUCAGGGGAGAAAAGUCAGUGGUUGCUUGUCCAUUACAUAAAGUGAGGACUCCAAAAGGAAAAGAAAGAAUAAAAUAUGAAAAAAGAAAAAUGGCAUCCUUGUGAAAUCAUAUAAUACUAGCAGUGAUUUAGUGACAAAUAACUUUUCUUCCGGCUCCCUAAAUAUACCGAAAGACCUAAUAUUCUUGAAUUAUUUUUCAAAUCAGUGCGUCUGAUUUGGCUAUAUGGGGAAAUUAUUUCUAGGGUCUCCUGCUAAUUCUAUGAUACAAAGUUUGGGAGAGCCCGUGGUGACUUCAUGAGUGGAGCUGGGCUGUGUGGAUGCCCCAGCAUGGAUGACUACACAGUCCUGAGAGUGAUUGGGGAGGGCUCCUUCGGCAGAGCCCUAUUGGUUCAGCAGGAGAGCAGUCGUCAGAUGUUUGCCAUGAAGGAGAUCAGGCUUCCCAAGUCUUCCACUGAUAUACAGAAUUCCAGGAAGGAGGCGGUUCUUUUAGCCAAAAUGAAACACCCCAAUAUUGUUGCCUUUAAAGAAUCAUUUGAAGCUGAAGGGCAUUUGUAUAUUGUGAUGGAAUAUUGUGAUGGAGGAGACCUGAUGCAAAAGAUUAAACAUCAGAAAGGAAAGUUGUUUCCUGAAGAUAUGGUACUUAAUUGGUUUACUCAAAUGUGUCUUGGAAUAAAUCACAUUCACAAGAAACGUGUGUUACACAGAGAUAUCAAGUCCAAGAAUGUCUUCCUCACCCAAAAUGGAAAAAUAAAACUGGGAGAUUUUGGAUCUGCUCGUCUUCUUUCCAGUCCCAUGGCGUUUGCUUGUACAUAUGUGGGAACACCUUAUUAUGUGCCCCCAGAAAUUUGGGAAAACUUGCCUUACAACAAUAAAAGUGACAUCUGGUCCUUGGGAUGCAUUCUGUAUGAACUCUGUACCCUUAAGCAUCCAUUUCAGGCAAAUAGUUGGAAAAGUCUUAUCCUCAAAAUCUGUCAGGGGUCCAUGCGACCGCUGCCUUCUCAUUAUUCCUACGAGCUUCAGUAUCUGAUCAAGCAGAUGUUUAAAAAGAAUCCUUCCCAGCGCCCUUCGGCUACAACUCUUCUCUCCAGAGGCACGUUAGCUCGGCUUAUCCAGAAGUGCUUAUCCCCUGAGAUCAUCACAGAAUAUGGAGAGCAGAUAUUAGAAGAAACAAAAAAAUCUAAGCAUAGUACACCAAGUAAGAAGGCAGACCCCAGCAGAAUCAGCAUAGUUUUGGAAAAUGAAGGCAGCAGAAUGCAAGAGGAAGAACAAGGUAGAAAGUGUAGCCACAGUGAUUUAGAAAGCAUUAAUAAGAAUUUGGCUGAAAGCGCAUUGAAGAGAAUAAACAGAGAAGAGAAAGAUAAGAAAUCAGUCCAUCCAAGGAAAGCCAGCUCACCAAGUCCUCUCAGACGACAAUGGGGAAAAAAUGUAUCCCAUACAGCUCUUUCAGCUUUGGAAAAUGCACCCAUACUUAGCUCCAGUUUAACAGCAGGGGACGACAAAGGUGGUUCUGUGAUAAAAUACAGUGAAAAUAACACCCGUAAGCAGUGGCUCAGAGAGACUCCUGAAACCUUGUUGAACAUCCUUAAGAAUGCUGAUCUCAGCUUGGCGUUUGAAACAUACACAAUAUAUAGACCAGGCUCAGAAGGGUUCUUGAAAGGCCCUUUGUCUGAAGACACAGAAGCAUCAGACAGUGUUGAUGGAGGUCAUGAGUCUGUCAUUUUGGAUCCAGAGAGACUCGAACCUAGAUUGGAUGAGGAGGACACGGACUUUGAGGAAGAAGAUGACAACUCAGAUUGGGUGUCAGAACUAAAAGAGCGAACUGGCUGGCAAGAAGUGUCUGAUGGAUAAUGCCCACAGAAAUGUUCCUUAGUCACACUGCAAAAAAUGAGAAAUUAAUAUUUGGAUAAUAAUCAGCCCAAGGGAUGUGUAUUUUCUUUUGGGAACAGAAUGAGGAGGGGGAAUCUUUGCAUAUUUAAAAUUGUUCCUGAUUAUCAUGAGGCUGAAAAAUCUAGAGUUCCUGUGAGUUUUUGACCUCAAAAGAAGGUAUGGGUUAGUGGGUAUGAGUUGUGGGUUUUGCAGUCAGAUAGAAAAACUGGAUGCUACCACUUACUGUUUGUGUGAUUGUGGGAAAUUACUUAACCUCUUUGAGCCCAAGUCUCUUCAACUAUAAAAUGAGGACAAUAAUAUCUACCUCACAAGGAUGCUAAUCAUAAACCAUUAGAGCAGCGCAUAAUACUGUCAUUUGUGUUAUGAUUUGUGUUGAUUACUAUGACUCCUUUAACAUUUCCUAAGGGUUUGAAGAUCUAAAUAUACUUAAU